AUGGCACGCAUCAGCAUCCCCAUUGACGCCCUCACGAGCCGGUUGAACCUGGGCGCUCGCUUUGAUUCCGUCCGCACGCAAUCGUUGGGCACACGCUUCGCCAACCUCCGACCCAUCAGUGAAUUUCUCAACAUCAAGGCCAUCUCCAAGCCCGCCGAUUUCUCCAUGGUUCAAGCGCGAAUCAACUACAACUUGUCCUACUUCUCCUCCAACUAUGCCGCCGUCUUCCUCAUGCUCAGCAUCUACUCGCUCCUCACCAAUCUCUGGCUCUUCUUUGUCAUCAUCUUUGUCAUUGGCAGCAUGUGGGGAAUUGGGAAGUUGGAAGGCAGAGAUUUGGAUGUCGGGUUUGCAAAGGCCACCGUCUCGCAGUUAUACACGGCCGUCGYGGUGAUUGCCAUUCCCGUCUUCUUCUUCUCCYCACCCAUCAGCACCGUUCUCUGGCUCAUCGGUGCGUCUGCCGUCACCAUCCUCGGCCACGCUUGCCUCCUCGAAAAAGACGUUGCAGCCAGUUUCUCCGAAGAGGCGGUCUAG